AUGCAAGCCAGCACCUUUUUCGCUGUCUACUCAGGCUACCGGAGCUUUCUUCUCUCUACAGGCAUCUUUGCUUACCUGAACUACCAUGUUCCCCGGACAAGACGGGAGAUCCUGGAAACCCUUAUCAAAGGGCUUCAGCGCCUGGAGUACCGAGGUUAUGACUCCGCAGGUGUGGGAAUUGAUGGAGGAAAUGACAAAGACUGGGAGGCCAAUGCCGGCAAAAUCCAACUCAUCAAGCAAAAAGGGAAAGUGAAGGCACUGGAUGAAGAAGUACACAAGCAACAGGACAUGGAUCUGGAUAUUGAAUUUGACGUACAUCUUGGAAUUGCACAUACCCGAUGGGCUACCCAUGGUGAGCCCAACCCCAUUAAUAGUCACCCACAGCGCUCGGAUAAGAACAACGAGUUCAUCGUUAUCCACAAUGGCAUCAUAACCAACUACAAAGACCUGAGAAAAUUUUUGGAAAGCAAAGGGUAUGAUUUUGAAUCUGAGACUGACACGGAAAGCAUUGCCAAGCUUGUAAAGUACAUGUAUGACAACCGUGAAAGUGAUGACAUCAGCUUCACAACACUGGUGGAGAGAGUGAUCCAGCAACUGGAAGGUGCUUUUGCCCUUGUGUUCAAAAGUGUCCAUUAUCCUGGUCAAGCAGUGGGCACCAGACGAGGAAGCCCCCUGCUGAUUGGAGUGCGAAGUGAACACAAGCUCUCCACCGACCACAUUCCCAUACUGUACAGAACAGCUGUGCAAUCUAUGGAUCAUUCUUUUGAUGGAAUAUCCAUAAAAAAGGAGGAAGGUAAGGACAAGAAGGGAAGCUGCAACCUAUCUCGUAUUGACAGCACCACCUGUCUUUUCCCUGUGGAAGAGAAAGCAGUGGAAUAUUACUUUGCCUCUGAUGCUAGUGCAGUUAUUGAACACACCAACAGAGUGAUUUUCCUUGAAGAUGAUGACGUAGCAGCUGUGGUGGACGGUCGUCUUUCUAUCCACCGGAUCAAACGCACGGCGGGUGAUCAUCCUGGCCGAGCCGUCCAGACUCUGCAGAUGGAACUUCAGCAGAUCAUGAAGGGUAAUUUCAGUUCAUUUAUGCAGAAGGAGAUUUUUGAGCAACCAGAAUCUGUUGUCAACACCAUGAGGGGCAGAGUCAACUUUGAUGACUACACUGUGAACUUGGGUGGGUUGAAGGAUCACAUCAAGGAGAUCCAGCGGUGCAGACGUUUAAUCCUAAUCGCUUGUGGGACGAGUUAUCAUGCUGGAGUUGCAACUCGGCAAGUACUGGAAGAACUGACUGAACUGCCGGUUAUGGUUGAACUCGCCAGUGACUUUUUGGACCGAAACACGCCAGUCUUCAGAGAUGAUGUUUGCUUUUUCAUCAGCCAGUCAGGCGAGACAGCAGAUACUUUGAUGGGUCUUCGGUAUUGUAAGGAAAGGGGUGCCCUAACAGUGGGAAUCACUAAUACAGUUGGCAGUUCCAUAUCCAGGGAGACGGAUUGCGGAGUCCAUAUCAAUGCAGGCCCAGAAAUUGGUGUUGCCAGUACAAAGGCCUACACUAGCCAGUUUGUUUCUUUAGUGAUGUUUGCCCUCAUGAUGUGUGACGACAGGAUUUCUAUGCAAGAAAGGCGCAAAGAAAUAAUGAGAGGUCUGAAAGGACUGCCAGACUUGAUUAAAGAAGUGCUGAGCAUGGAUGAUGAGAUCCAGAAACUGGCAACCGAGCUUUACCACCAGAAGUCCGUUCUGAUCAUGGGCCGGGGUUAUCACUAUGCAACAUGUCUGGAGGGGGCUUUGAAAAUUAAGGAAAUCACCUACAUGCAUUCAGAAGGGAUAUUGGCUGGUGAGCUGAAGCACGGUCCCUUGGCACUGGUGGACAAAUUGAUGCCGGUUAUCAUGAUUAUCAUGCGGGACCAUACAUAUGCCAAGUGCCAGAAUGCUCUCCAGCAGGUUAUCGCACGGCAGGGAAGGCCCGUGGUGAUAUGUGAUAAGGAAGAUAUAGAGACAAUUAAGAAUAAUAAGAGGACAAUCAAAGUUCCCCAUUCUGUGGACUGUCUGCAGGGGAUCCUGAGCGUUAUCCCUCUCCAGCUCCUGGCUUUCCAUCUUGCAGUGCUCAGAGGCUAUGAUGUUGAUUUUCCAAGAAAUCUGGCCAAGUCUGUAACGGUAGAAUAAAAGCUCAUCUGAAUGUUAGGGGCAUGGGGAAGGGAAUGAGAGACUCUUUUGGUACCAAAAUACUUUGUUUUUUCCAGAUCCCUUAAGUCAAAUCUUAUUUUGUUAAAUCAUUGUUUGUGUAGAAGAUGAUCAUAAUUCUUUUGCAUUUGGUGAUUGUCAAAUAGAUUCCACGUGCUAUGGCCAUAGUUGUGUUUUGUUGAAUUACACCUCACAAAGGGUGUUGAAUUAUUUUCUUUGAUAAAUGCACAGUCAUGUAGUUGAGGGUCCCCCACUUUACAUUGAGAUAAUUGAGCUGUAUUUGUUAUUUAGUGUGGUUUGCUCAUAUCAUUGAAGAGAUAUGGUUACAUGAAGUAAUUGUAGUGCUUUCAGGCCAUGAGGGCAGGUCCUGGUAUAUGAAAUUAGAUUUGGCAUCAUGAUGAAUUGUGAGUCGCCAGGGAUUAUAAAGAGCUUGGGUCAAAUUCUGACUCCUUUACACUGGGGAACUUCACAGACAGGUUGUUCUCUCCUCUGAAAUCUGUUGGUAAACUUGCUCCAAGUAGCCUCAGCAGGAUCUUGCCUGUGCUUUAGCACCUGACAGUCCUUUCAGACAGCGGGCCAAAAUCUACUCUUCCACCAGCACAUGUGGAGUUGAGGCUGAACCUCAGUGCAAGUGAGAGCAGCAUCUGACCCAGUCCUUGCAUAGUUACCAAAGUGAAAAGCAACCCUGAGAGCCUGUUGUGCAGUAGUCGCAGAACUAUACAUUCCCCAGGCUGGCAAGGGACUCUUGACCCCUCACCCCCAAAACAAGUUUUGCAACACUAAAACACCCAGCAUUUGGGUACUGGUUCGAUUACGAGCAACCCUGGUUUUGAACACCUGCAAGACCUUUCCUCUGUGAACAGGAUCCUGCUUUGAGCAUCCCUGCUUUCACCCUGCCAGGUGGGUACACACCCAGAGGGAUGACACUAACUGUGCACGUGUCAACUGCUACGUUAGGGCAGUCGCAGGUAACACGUGCAUGCCCCUUGGUUUCAUUUGAGCUGCUUACUCCGUUAAUGUCUCGGUUUGUGGGGUGGAUAGCAGAUAGCUACAAGGGCAUGUGUGGCUUUGUUUCUAAAAUGUUGGUGUUUGAUAGUGGUUUAUAUCUGGGGCAGGGAGCCAGAAGACUUCGUGGACAAGACUCCAAAAAAUAUUGAGAGAGAUUUCUCUCGUAACUGAAUUGAAUUAAAAGUUGUAAUUGAAACUAGAGGCAAAUGUUCAGCACCUUGAUUUUUAGAAAUGCAAGUCAUUCAGGGACAGUAAAUGUCACCUGAUGGAAAGGGGUGAAAUUCAUACCACAUUUGGUGCGUUUGAGCUAAGUAGCUAUAUUGUUAUGCACAAGGCUGACAGUUAAAAAAACAAACCCAUAGUACUUCAAGACCUGCAGUCAAGCUUACUACUGAGCAGUUGAGGUCACUUACUACUAUGGAGCCAAAGUUUGCAGGGCUAAUUGUCUAACGUGCACUAUUUUGACAUGUAGACUUCUACUUGAUCAGGAAGACUGUCCACUGCUUUAAGGACUUGGUUUUCUUUCAGCAAGCAUGCUGUCUGCUAUUGUAAAAUCCUGGCUUGUACAAUAGACAAGUCCUCCAAAUGGUGUUUGCACCAAUUCUUUCUAAUCAAUGUUAAAUAUCUAAUAUAUGUGACUUAAGUACAAAACCAUCCUGGAUUUGUUUAUGGCUUAAUUUUUCCUGUUAGCAAAAACUUUGGAAAAACCGGUUUCACAAAACCAGUAUGGAACUGGACUCUGUGUACUGAGACUUGGUAUGGGUAAUGACUUGUAUUUAAGCCAUUACUUUUGAAUGCAAAUUGUUAUCCUAUGAGUAUGUUUAGAAGUGUAGUAGUAAAUAUAGUAGUUUAGCCUUUCAUAAGCAAAUAUUGUAGGCAUUGAUUAACUACUGCUUCCACCUCUGCUUUAUGUGAAAAGUGAAAGACUUGUUUUCUGCAAGAAUUUAAUGAUAAGGAGACGGUAGUAAACCUUCUUUGCUGAAAUUUGCACAACUCAUUGAAAUAUAGGUCUUUCAUGCUCCCAGCUGGAAGAUUUGACUUGUUUCUGCUCUUCUCAGCUCAUGACCUUCUCCCCUCCUCUGAAAAUAAAAAUGUCACCCUGUAACCCUAUGAGAGCUGAAAUAAAAGGGGCCUGGCCAAGGCAUAGGGAAGCUUUUCCCCAGGGUUGAAGGAACUGCAGGAUCAAAGCCCACCAUAGUAUAGAUUCUGUUGUGAAUGAGAUCCUUGAGGUGACAGGGCUUCUGGCGUAGUUGUAUGUGCAUUGUUUCAGACUUUUGAGAUCUCUGCCAUCAAACUUAAUAGAAGCCGACUAGCCUGGGAUGGCUCGCUUUACAGUUUGGAUGCUUUAUUGUCUGAUGCAGGCAGGUAGGCUAGUGCCUGAGACUGGAAUUCUAGG